AUUGGUGAUUUUAAAAAAUCCUAUGAUUGUGAAAUUGACCAAAAUGGUCCGUGAAUUUGGCAGGGCCCUGGUUAUAUAGUAAGGAAAUGUCAACUGGUAGAAGUUAUUAUUAAUUUGUAUUAUCGCAGUGCCUGGGAGCCAUAGUCAUGGACCAGGACCCGAUUGUGCUAGAUGAUAUGGAAACACAGAACAAAAAGAAAGUCCCUGUCCCAAGAGCUUACAAUCUGUGAUAAGAGACAACAGGUGGCUACAGACAGGGAGGUACAAGGAAACAAGGGGGCAGUAUUUGUCAGCAUGAUAGGCAGUGGUUUCAGCACAUGAGCUGUGUAAUUAACAAGUUUUUUUUAGACAUCAUGGCAAAGGAGAGUUUUGAGGAGUGAUUUGGAAGUUUUGCUGAUGUUUAUGGGGCAUGCCUCCCACUUGUGAGGGGCAGCAUGGAAGAAAAGCACAGAAGUACUUAUUUGAAAACUUAAGUGUGUGAUGGAGGUUGGCAUCAUAGGCUUGAUUGGAGGUGAGUUUCAGCAGCUCAACAGGGAAAGAGAGAUGGUGGGGAUUGACUGUAAAGGGCUUAGAAAGUGACAACAAGCAGUGUAUGUUUGAUGCGGUAGAGAAGGGGAGAUAGUGGAGGGAUGCAAACAGAGGUGUGACGUGGACAAAGGAAUGGGUUAGGAAAAUUAUCUUAGGAACAGCAUUCUGAAUGGUUACGAAUUGGGCUAAGAGUGCCUUUGUCAAGACCAGUGAAAAGGAUGUAGCAGUAAUGAGAUGUGAGAUUUUGAAUGAGUGUUUUAGUUGUGUGGAUGGAUAGGAAAAGCCACAUUUUAGACAUGUUAUGUAGAAAGAAUCAGCCACAUAAGGACAUAUCCUGGAUCUGAUUACCCAGAGUGAGCUCCAAAUCCAGGAUGACACUCAGGUUAUGGGCCUGAGUGACUGGCAGGAUGGUGGUAUUGUCCACAGUGAUCAAGAAAGGAGGUAGCAGAGAGGGCUUGCAGAGGGGAAGAUUAAGAGCUUUGUUUUAGCCAAGUUGAGUUUGAGUUGUCAGCUAGGCAGCCAAAGGAAUGGUUAGAGAGAAAUUUUAAUUGAGACAGAAGGAGGCAGGUCUGGAGCAGAGAGGUAGAUCUGUGAGUUGUCGGCAUAGGAAUGGAAGCUGAAUUUGUUACUAUUGAGAUUGCCCAGAGAUAAGAUAGAGAAGGGGACCAGCGACAGAGCACUGUGGAACCCCUACAGAAAGUUGGAGGGAGGAUUAGGCGGAGUCUCUGAAGGAUGCACUGAAGGAUCAAUAAGUGAGGUUGGAGGAGAACCCUGCAAGGACAGAGUCACAGAAACCAAGGAAGGACAAGAUUUCAAAAAGAAGAGCGUAGUUGAUGGUGUCAAAGGCAGCUGGCAGUGUCAAGGAGGUUAAAGGGGAAUUCCGAAAUGAUUUCUUAGAACUGCUCAGGAGACGAUUUGGAACUAAGAGAGUCCACAAUAAUAUUGUAUACAAUGAAUAUAUCAGCCAUCGAGAGCACAUCCACAUGAAUGCCACGCAAUGGGAAACCCUAACUGACUUUACUAAAUGGUUAGGGAGAGAAGGCUUCUGCAAAGUGGAUGAGACUCCUAAAGGCUGGUAUAUCCAGUAUAUUGAUCGGGACCCAGAAACUAUCCGCAGACAACAGGAACAAGAGAAGAAGAAGAAACAGGACCUUGAUGAUGAAGAAAAAACUGCUAAAUUCAUUGAAGAGCAAGUUAGGAGAGGCUUGGAGGGGAAAGAACAGGAAAGGCCUGUCUAUACUGAACUAAACAGAGAAAAUGAUGAAGAGAAAGUUGCAUUCAAUUUAAACAAAGGAGCAAGUACUUCAGUAGCAGCGUCUUCUAAAACAAGCAGUGUCCUUGGACCGAGUGCAUUGAAGAUGGUGGGAGGAGCAGGAUCAGUUAAACGGAAAGAAUCUGCUCACAGCUCAGGUCAAUCAAAAGAGAAAAAGAAGAAAUCUGCACUGGAUGAGAUCAUGGAGUUUGAAGAAGAAAAGAAAAAAACAGCUCGAACAGACUACUGGUUGCAGCCUGAAAUUGUUGUAAAAAUUGUAACAAAAAAACUUGGUGAGAAGUAUCAUAAGAAGAAAGCAGUUGUUAAGGAGGUAAUUGACAAAUACACAGCAGUUGUAAAGAUGAUUGAUUCUGGAGACAAACUGAAACUUGACCAGACACAUCUAGAGACAGUAAUACCGGCACCAGGAAAGAAAGUUCUGGUUUUAAAUGGAGGUUACAGAGGAAAUGAAGGCAUCUUAGAAUCUAUAAACGAGAAGAACUUCUCAGCAGCAAUAAUCAUUGAAUCUGGGCCUUUAAAAGGACGGAGAAUUGAAGGCAUCCAAUAUGAAGACAUUUCCAAACUCCUUUGAGACUCAAAGCAAUGGGUCAAAGCUGACUCUUAGAAACAUCAAAUUGGUGUCCUCUGUGCAGACACACGAGACUCUACUGUGUCAGGGUUUUUAAUUUGUGUAUAUAGAAAAAACAACCUAGAUUUAUGUAAAGACCACUAUAAAUCUGUUAACAUUUGUGAAAAUCUUGUCUAAACUGAUUCUGUAUCAAAGUUGUAUUAUGUUGUAAUAUUUGAAUUUGUUUUCUAAGAUUAGGAGAUACCUGUGUGCUGGAAUAUUUUACUUACUGAUUACUAAUAAACGUAUUAUAAAAUAUCACCAGCUAGAAAGGGCCACUGGAGGGAAGGUACUGUAUGUAACAUAGUCUAUAGUUUGCAUAACACACUUCUGGAUCUGCUGCCAAAACAAAAUUCUGGCUUUAGAACAAGCAAAGAGAUUAAAAAAAAGCAGGAAGGCAGCAGUGCUGUAGGGGAUUAUUUUUCUGGGUUUUGAUGAUGUACAUAAGAAUGGUUUGGUUUAUUAGUUUUAAAGUGAGUGCAAUAAAUUACAGCAGAACUUGCUUAAUCAGUACUCUGCUAAACCACACACCCAGUCAGGACCUGAUCCUGGCAUCCUCUGUGUUCCCAUUACCGAUCACGGCUGGACUUGCCUCUGUAGUAACUCCAAGACUUAACCCUUAAUUGGCAUGAUUUAUGGGGCAGUGCACUUCUGUGAAUCUGAACAGUAAAGAAAUGGCACACCUACUUGUCUGCUCAGUUAAUAGAGACGAAGUGAUGGUUGUGCUGGCAUAGAUUCCCUAGGGCCUAGUCCUUUGUUCACUUUAAUGCUGCUUUCCUGCUCUAUUGUGGAUCCUAAAUGAGUCACUUUUCUUUGAAUAGUUUUUAAAACGUGUAACAUUUUGUACAACACUUAAUUUUAAAGCAAUCUGUGGAAUAAAAGCACCUCUCUCUCA